AUGCAUGACAUAUCUCCCAUGCCUUUCACCAUUGCUUCUGCGUUUUUGUCUAAUGAUCUGGCCGAAAAACUGGAACCGUACAUGGACGGGGUAAUAGUUGAAGAAAGCGCCGAGUGGGAUGAAGUAAAUGCCUACAAGGCGUAUGGGGAUGCCCGUCUGGUUGUUCGAGUACUCGGACAGAUCCAAGGCCGCAGAGGCCGCCAAAAUAUCCUGGGUCACUAG